AUGGCUGCCAAUUUUCACCUGCGUUGGAUCGAGCACUUCGGUUCGGAGCUCCACUCCCCUCACACCGCUCUGUUGCGUUUGCUUGACCUCUCUGUUCUCAUUCUCGCAUUCCUCUUCCUCGCCUCCUACACCUCCAACCUCACUGCCAUCCUCACCAUCCAGAGGCUCACCCCCACCAUUCUCGACAUCACGACGGCCAUCAACAGCAACGCCGCCAUUGGCUACCAGCAGGCCUCCUUCGUCUCUUCCUACCUGCAGCAGCUAGGAGACAAGCUGGUGUCGUUGAGUGGGGAGAGCAAGUAUGCAUCGUCACUGGCGUCGGGGCGGGUGGCAGUGAUAGUGGAUGAGAACCCCUACCUGGCCGUCUUCACAUCCAAGUUCUGCGACGUCAUGCAGGCCGCACAGCCCUUCUCCUCCCUCAACCUCGCCUUCGCGUUCCAGAAGGGCAGUGCGCUGGGCCCGGACAUCUCAAACGCCAUUGCUGCGCUGCGCAUGACACAGGGCAGUGCAUUGUGCCUCUGGGGAGUGACAAAUAAUAGGCCCCUCUGCUCUGUGGCUUUCACCCUCCUGCUCCCCACAGGCGCUUUCCAGAAGGGCAGUGCGCUGGGCCCGGACAUCUCAAACGCCAUUGCUGCGCUUCGCAUGACACAGGAGGUGGAGCAGCUGCAUGCUAAGUACUUCAGUGUACGCAUGAUUCACUUGCUGCCACAUCCGCCUCAUCUGCCACACGGCUUCCAUCAGUGCUCAUCCCCUGCCUCUUUCUCCAUACACUCUGCCUUAAGUUAA